AUGAGUCGAUGCAGCAAGGAUGUAUGUGGGAUGGAGAGGAUAUCCAAGAUGACAAAGAAGAGUGGUUCAGAUAGCGUGCCGCAUAUGGCUAGAGAUGAACGGUUCAAAUAUGCUAUUCACAAUCUCGAUCUUUCUAGGGUAAAGCUUUCAGAGAGUCCGUUGGAUGAUUACCAGAGGUUGUUCUUUGCAACGCUUUUAUCGCGUCCCAAUGUAGAUCAACGACGAAAUAUCGAUGUUAAAAGAGCCACUUACAAGUCCAACAUUGCUGAAUCGUUUGCGUGUCCGUCGUCCGGCGCCGCGCAUGACGCGGCUGUAGCGAAGGACAAAGAUACUCUAGGUACUUCGCUGCGAUCGCAGGGGAAGAAGGUGCUGGACUGCUUCGAAUACCAGUUUCCAGACGUAGACACAGCGGGAUCGUUGUGCUAUUCGGAACUUUCUUCUCUAUCCGAGGCUGUGAAGGAGAAUUUGGGUCUGAAAGACGGCAGAGGGCACCUUUUGAAGGGGUCGAUCUCCACAGCGAAUGAAGAGAGUCUACCGAAUGCUAUUGCUCUGCCAGCGCAAGCAUACGCUGUGCGAGACAGCGACGAGAGAGCAACAAACGCAAAUUCCUUGACGAAGAAUCAACAAUUCAAGUUGCGGAAGCAGGACCAUAGUCUGCAUCAGAAUAGCAAGCUUAUUAACCCGAAUAAUUGCGUUCUGUGGACCCAUGGGUCCGGCUACGUGUUUCUGACUGGGAUAUGGAGACUGUAUCAGGACGUGAUGCGGGGGCUAACAAGCGUACCGAGACUGGGCGAGGAUAGUUCUGAGAGACUGCAAAAUAUCUGCAAGGAAGAGCUUAACUACAUGAUUACCUCUGCGUUUUAUGAGUCUUCUUCUUCUCCCAUAUCACUCAGCCCUUCCGAUAGAAGGAAAAGACGUCAGUCAGCUGGCUCCGAAAAAAUCUCGUCGCUUAAUCUCCAUGACGGGUCUCUGCUGUCCUCAGAUUCUGCGACUGUGGGGACCACGUCCCUAAACCCGCACUACACGGAUUUGCACUGGAAUAGCCUGUCAAGGGAGUUGAAACAAAUGAUGUGCGAUACGUACAGGAACCAUCUAAUUAACGAAAGAGGAUUCAAUCCGGGCGAAAUUGCUACGAUUGAUUACACGGAGGUCGUCAAACGAAUCAGAGGUGGCUAUAUCAAAAUUCAGGGUACAUGGCUGCCCUUUGAGACUGCAAGACUCCUGUGCGUCAGAUUCUGCUAUCCAAUCAGGUACCUGUUGGUUCCAAUUUUUGGGCCGCUCUUCCCCAAGGAAUGCGAGGAAUGGUAUACUAAUGUUCAACAGCGACUAGUCAGGUCUGCAAUGAAGAAGGAAAGCGCAAUUAGCGAUUCUCGUGAGUUGCAUCCGGAGCAGAGACGGAGAAAAAGAAGGAAGUCGACCAAAUCGGAGGUUAGUAAACCCGCCGGCAAUGAACUUUUAAACGCCUUCCAAAACCUCCUGGAUAUUUCGAGGCAUCCGGUCCCGAUUGAAGCUCAUGAAAUACAAGCCAGAAGCAAAUCAUUAUCAUGCGCACCUGAUUACUACACUCCUUUGCUGCCCAGAAGAGUUUCUUCAGAGACAUUACCACCAAUUAGUACAGUAAUGCAAUUCAUAUCACCUAGAUCUUCCAUUGGAGGGGGCAGCGAGCAUAGUAGUUCUGCCACGGAACCCGAGAACGUCCACUAUGCGACUGCUGGCCCGUAUCCUCGUCAAUCCGGACAGCUCCAAAGCUACCCAAAUCCGACAGUGCAAACCCUAUCACAUCUUGCAUCUUUUUACAAUACUCAUGGCCACCGAUAUUCAUAUCCGGGAAACAUAUACAUGUCUCAUCAGAAACCAGUGCUUAACAGAUCACCACCUUAUAGUUCACCAGACAGUGAGCUUUCAGAGUACCAGGCAAAAGCAGCGGGCAUUAAUCCAGCACAGAAGGUUACCACCGGGUUCGACAUACCAAGCUACGAGCCGUUGCAAAGAGAGAAUGGUAGAGAGACCAGAAGGUGGUUUUCAGGCUCCGGUAAGGUCGGGUCAAACGAUGGUCUCUUAAGUCCGAAGACCGUCAGUCCUGGUCAGAAGCCCAAACGAAAUUAA